AUGGGCGAAGCAGCAGUACCGCCUGAGCUAGACACUGAUCCAGCAGCAAAGAUGGCUCAGACAAACCCUCUGCCUGUUCCCAUGGGCCCGUGGAAGAGCGUUCGGAGCAGAGGCCGGGAGAACCGCCAGCCACAGCCCUGCCACCCGCCCGUCCCAGAACGGCUCCGCUCCUCUCUCCGGACGGCACCGCUGCCCCGGGAACUGAUCUCCGCAGGGAUCACCGUGUACGACCAAGAAAACUUCCAGGGCAAGAGGAUGGAGUUCACUUCGGCCUGUCCAAACAUCAUGGAAUGUGGCUUCGACAACAUCCGCUCCCUGAAGGUGGAAUGUGGCGCCUGGGUGGGUUACGAGCACACCGGCUUCUGCGGGCAGCAGUUCAUCCUGGAGAGGGGAGAGUACCCGCGCUGGGACGCCUGGAGCGGCAGCAACGCCUACCACAUCGAGCGCCUGAUGUCCUUCCGCCCCGUCUGCUCUGCUAAUCACAAGGAAUCCAAGAUCACCGUUUUUGAGAAAGACAACUUCAUCGGCCGCCAGUGGGAGAUUGCUGAUGACUACCCCUCGCUGCAGGCCAUGGGCUGGGCCAACAACGAAGUGGGCUCCAUGAAGAUCCAGUGUGGCGCCUGGGUGUGCUACCAGUACCCCGGGUACCGUGGCUACCAGUACGUCCUGGAGUUUGACCACCACGGUGGAGACUACAAGCACUGGAGAGAGUGGGGUUCACACGCCCAGACCUCCCAGAUCCAAUCCAUCAGGCGUGUCCAGCAGUAGCUCCCCACUCCCCAGUACAUCUCUGCAAGGUUUCCAAAGCUCACCAGCUCCCUCUUGGUGCUAAUACUCCCCUCCCGAAAUAACCACCCCCCUCUCGUACUGCCACUGCUUAUGGAACAACACUCCCAAAACGGUACCGACUGCCACAAUUGCCAAUAAAUGUGACUGAAAGAAAAAGAUCAA